AUGGUCAACACCAAAAAGAAUGGAAAGCCAUCGGGCAAGAAGGUCAAGUCGAAGGUCAUUAGACCACUUGGAUACCUGGAACGAUAUGAGGCCGCCUUACAUUCAUUGGACUUGUACCGCAGUACGAUGGUAACAUGUCGAUUUGCCAUACCACUGACACUUGCUUCGGGACGCGAUCCAAAGUCGCAAGCAAAACUGGAACAUAGGGUCGAAUCAGCGAUUGCUAAAAUCGUCCUAGAGCACCCCUUCAUGCGCGUCGGUCUACGCGGUGAGCACAGUACCAAGCCUGCUUUCGUCGAGCUUGAGACCGUCGAUUUCCGCCGCCAUAUCAAGUGGCGACACCUCGACGAGACAGAAACAAUUGCCUUUGAAGCCGACUUACUGAGUCUUAUCACGAGCCAACUUGAUAUCAAGAUUGAUCAGCCUGAGGAUGCGCCGUCGUGGAGGAUUCUGGUAAUUGAAUUCGAGAAGGACAGUCGAAGCUUCGUCGAUGUUAUGUUGGCAGCAGGGCAUGCGCACAUGGAUGGCAUGAGUCUCAAGAUAUUCCACGAGGACCUACUUCGACAUCUAAAUGAUAGCGACAGUAAUCAUUCGACACCGGCAGAGCUCGUAAAUCGCAUACUCACGACACCAUCCUCAAAACGAAGGGAACUUCCGCUACAUCAACACGCGUUAUACAAGUUCCCCCUCACACCAGGUUUCGUAGCAUCCGAGUUUUUCGCACUAUUCAGGCCAUCGGGCGGACUCAAUCGCGAUCUACAAGCUCGCUGGUCGCCGAUUAUAAGCACAAGCUACGCGAUGCACUACCGACAAUUCAGCAUCGAUAACGCCGCGCUGCAGAACAUAUUAAGUGUAUGUCGACAACACAAGACCAGUCUAACGGGGUUACUCAACGUCCUUGGACAUGCUAGUCUCGCGAUACGACUGCCUGCCGAGAAGGCGCGCGCAUUCCUCGGAACCACAAUUAUCAAUUUACGCCCGCUUAUGCGCGGGCCGAAGUUAAAGGUGAAAUCGUGGGAUUUGGAUCCGAAUCGUACGAUGGCGAAUUACCUUACGCAGCUACAUCACGAGUACGGCGUGGAGUGGGUUAAGAAAGUUAGGGAAGUCACCGCGAAGAAGGAUGAAAAUGGGACCGGAGAGGAGAAUGAGAGAAAUCAAUGGAACGCCCUCGAACCACUCAUAUGGCCUUCAGCAGAGCGCGUCCGCGCGGUCAUACAGGAAAGGUUAGACGAGAAGGUCGAGAACGACGAGCUAGGUCUGAUGAGUCUGUUGUCGAAUUAUCGUACCCUUGUUAAGGAUAAGAUGAAGAAACCCAGGACCGAGUCGUUGCUCGUUACGAAUCUAGGCGUCAUCGAUGGCGGCGACUCCCCUCCUAGCGACGGGAAUGGCGUCGCUGCGACAGAAGAAAGUGGUAAGUGGACCAUCGAGCGGGCGAUAUUCUCCCUUAGUGCUGAGUCGCCUACCGCCGCGCUCAUCGUGAGCCCUAUGUCUGUAAAGGGCAAGGAGCUGUACGUGGGCACUAGUUGGCAGGAUCUUACCAUGGACUUGGCUGUGGGGUACGGGGUGGCUGCAGACCUCGAGUCUUGGCUAAGAGUUCUUGGACGGGGGUCUUAG